AUGAAUUAAAAAAUCAAAAAGCACCAUGAGGUUUUAUCUUCAGCUGCAAAUUAACAUAAUCAAUUUUUAGAUGCAGAUGAAGUUGCUACAUUGAUAAACAAUGCUAAUCAUCCUGAUUUAAGUCUACCUUUCAGUAUAUUAAACUCAAUUUUAGAAUGGUAUGUUAGAACAAUAUCUGAUGAAAUUUAUAAGUUAAGCUUUCUGAAUUAAAAAAAGUUUAAUAGAGCAAAAAUAUUUUGGCCAAGUUAGUAUGAAAAUCAAAAAGACCUUAUAACAUAAUAUCUCAGUUAAUUUGAUGGAUUUGAUUUAGAAGAUUAUUUUGAUGUUGUCAUUAUGAUUUAAAUGAAAGAUGAAAAAGAAUUGAUUUUGAAUUGCUUUUUAAAUAGUUUUACUUUUUAAGUUGAAGAAAAAGAAAGAAAUAAUUUUUCUAAUUAAAAAGGAUUAGAAUUAUUUUAUGAAAGAAAGGAAAUUAUUAAGAUUAGAUGUGAAACUGACUUAAGUAUCUUGGUUAAUUUAACAAAUCUCCUUUGUGAGAAAUACAUAUACUAAAGUCAUUAUUAGGAAUAGCGAGAUAUUAUUAAAUUAUCUCACUAAGAAUUAUACAGAAGAUUGAUUCCAAUAUUAUAAGAAGAAACUUUAGUUGUUUUAUAUGAGCUAUAUAAAGAUUAAUGA